CUACAAAUUUUGACAGGUGACGUCAGUGUAAAUAGAGCGACGUCAAAAAUUAGAGGAAUUUUGUACACAUCGAUGUUUUUCUGAAAGAAAAUAUAUUUAGCUUGAAUUUAUGGUCAUAAACCUCUAAGAUUUCACAAAAUCCAACGAAAAAAUGGAUCACACUAGACUUGAGAUGUAUGAUGAUGUGGGAGGACAUGUAGAAGGCGAAAUGAAUAUUCCUACAAACAAGAACGCACAAUAUUUAGGACAACCAGAUUUUAAUACCCUUGAUGAACCCAUAAAGGAUACAAUUAUGAGAGAUGUUAAAGCCGUAGGUAUAAAGUUUGGACAUGUUUUGUUUCCUAAGGAGAAGAAGACUUUAUUAAAAGAAUGGGACUUAUGGGGACCAUUAAUGCUUUGUACCUUUAUGGCAAUGGUUUUGCAAGGAUCUAGUUUGUCAGAUCACACUAGCGAAGGUGGACCUGAAUUUGCGGAAGUUUUUGUUAUUGUUUGGAUAGGAUCAAUGAUAGUUACUUUAAAUUCAAAAUUGUUGGGUGGAAAUAUAUCGUUUUUUCAAAGUGUCUGUGUUUUGGGUUACUGUCUUCUACCAACGACGAUUGCAUUAAUAGCGUGUAGAAUUAUUUUAUUAGUGAAGCAAACUUAUUUAAUGUUUUUCAUAAGAUUUGGUGUAUCGAUGGCAGGCUUUGCAUGGGCUACAUAUGCAUCUAUGAUUUUCUUGGGUGAUAGUCAAAAACCUGGUCGAAAACUUUUAGCAGUUUAUCCUAUUGGACUAUUUUAUUUCAUAAUUUCAUGGUUAGUUAUAUCACAUACCACAUCAAGUUAACAAGUUAAAAAAUCAACAAAUAUUGUUUGGACAAGAAAAGAACUGAUAGAUAAAGUAACAUUCUUAUUAAUUUUUUAAAGUGUUUGUGAUGCAUUUUUGUUCACUGAACGUUAUUAUUACUAGUCAUGACUGUACUUUUAAACUAUAAUACCAUAUGGUCGAAAAAAAGAGCGUCAGAGUUAGCUUAGACAACAAUUUGUCAUUUCCAAGGUAACUUGACGUCUUUUUUUCGAUCCUAGUGUCCUUUUGGUUGUUAAACAUAUCGCCCAUACAAUUACUAAUAUUACUUCUUUUUAUUUACUAAGCCAUUAUGUCUAAAUGUUUAAAAAAAUUGUUAUAAUGUUUAACUUUAUUAAAUUAUUUUUUCUUGAAAGAGCUACUGAUGGUCAUGUUUUUUUGUAAAUAUAUUUAAGAUAAAUUCCAUCCUAUAAGUAUAAGUUUUAUGAUAUAACAUAUUUCUAAAAUUAAUGUUGAGUACUCUAUGGUCCUUAUUAAAUUUAAGCAAUAAGAAA